AUGAAGCUUUCUCUUGUCUUCAGCACGCUCGCAUCCCUGGUGGUUCUUGCUACGGCAUACCCCACGCAAGGAGCCACUGGCGUCGCAAAACGCUCCAAUGUAGAGAAGCGCGAGGAUCUUAACUUCCAAUACUACGAGAGGGGUGAGGAGAAGCGCGAGGAUCUUGACUCCGAAGCCUUGAAAUACCGUGACAUUUACAAGAGGGGUGAGGAGAAGCGCGAGGAUCCUGACUCCGAACCCUUGAAAUACCUUGACAUUUACAAGAGGGGACGAGAAGCGCUAGGAUCUUGA